AUGACGACCUUUGAUGCUGAAGCAUUCGCUUUCCUUUCCUCCAUCAAAGAGCCCGCACUCGACGACGGAACCACGCGCACAAGACUUCUCGACAUGAUGAACAAUCUCACAGCUCCCCAUCCUUACGAGAUCAUGCAAUGGCUUCAAAUGGCGGAGUUUCGCGCCUUUGCCUUUGACAACCUGCGGGUUGAGUGCGUCAAGACCUGGGCUGGCUACAGAACGCAAAGCCACCCCUUGUGGAUUUUCCUUUUGUUGGAGAAUUUCAUUGCGACGAUGCUGGGUCAAGAGAAGUUUGAGUGCACUGUCGGUGGUACGCGAUACCAGUGCCCUAGACCUGAAGAAGUGGAGAUGGAGCUGGAGUACAGGUAUGAUGAAUGGGCGCAUGAGACGGAUGAGAUGUCGAUCGACAUGCCUUAUGAGCAUGGGGGUUCUUUAAUCUAA